AUGCACUGCGGGUCGUCGAUAUUCGCGCCGAGCGAAGACCAAAUACUGAGACGCCUUCAUGUCUCGGAAGCGGCUGCCUCUCUUGGUCUUUCCCCCUAUAUUUUAGGCUAUGGUCUUGGGCCGCUCUUGUUCUCAUCCCUGGGUGAGAUUGCCUUUAUUGGCCGCAACCCAGUAUACGUUGUCGCAUUCUUCAUCUUCGCCGUGCUCUCUGUCGGCGCGGCUCUUUGCGGCUCGUUUUCAGGGCUGGUCGUCCUGCGGUUUCUGCAGGGUUUCUUCGGCAGCCCUAGCUUGGCUACUGGGGCAGCCACACUCGGCGACGUGUUUUCUAUCGUGUAUUUGCCGUAUCCUCUAGCUGCGUGGUCUAGUGCCAUGUAUGCGGAACCGGCUCUAGCUCCGAUUCUUUCUGCUUUUGCCGUAGAAGCUAAAGGUAGGCACCGGUCUCUGGGGGAAAUCGUACGGCUCUCGGGUUUCGUGUUUGUCGUGCUCGUCGUCUUCCUCCCCGAAACGGCGGCGCCAACGCUCCUGUAUUACAAGGCCAAACGACUUCGACAAAGAACCGGAUGUUUGGCAUUUGUUCCCACGGGAUCCCUGUGGAAGAAGCAUCAGAGUGCGGCCCAGACCGUGAAACUCGCGCUCGUUAAGCCGUUUGGGGUAUCCGUCAAAGCUCCUGCAGUUGCCUUAUCAACGUUUACGCACAUGUUCCUCGUUUAUAGCAUUUACUACUCCUUCUUUAAAGUCUGGUCUUCCCCCUAG